AUGAUUACUUUUGGACAACAUUUUGCCAUAUCAUUGGCUACUCAACAGCACAAGAAUAAAAAUGAACAGGAACACCAACAAGAUUAUCAAAAUCUAAAAGAUACAGCGCCAGGCGGAGUUAAUAUUCUAUUGGGAGGGGUUAUGAUGAGUAGCAUGAUAUUAUUUAUUUUAUGGAUGUGUUAUUGUUGUCGAUGGAAAGAUAACAAGUUUGAUACAACGACAUGUGAUGAACAACCACAACCUUUUUGGAUUGAUGUUAAUUCAAACACUUACUAUGAAGCACUACAAUGGUCUUUACAACAAGAAUGUUGUGAAAUACCAGAAGCAUAUUGUUCACCAGAGACCAUGCAGGAAACACCACCAAGAUACGAAACCGUAAUCACACCACCACCUGGAUAUGAGGAUGUGAUGAGAGAAAAUUACAAAAAGAAAAAAUCUUUAAUGGAUGUCACAGAAAAUAAUAGGAUGCAUACCAUUUGA